CAUGACUCAGCUUUCCCCCCUCUCUAGGUUUGGGAUCGUCCUUUUCAUUAAACAGGCUGGAGAUAUUGAAAAAGAAUGUGGUACAACUAUAGGAUGCUAUCGGGAACCCGACGAUUGUAGUGACGAAUUUAAGUGUGACGCUAUGAUUACUUGGAAAGAUAAUGGGGAUUUAGUAGAUUUUUCAAUGUCUGCAAAAACUGACUAUGUUGCACUUGGCUUGUCAAAAGAUAAGAAGAUGGGUGACGAUUCUAUACUCGCUUGUUUAAAAAUAUCCGGCUCAAAUCCAAGAGUCGAGAUUUCUUAUUCAAAGGGACAAUCAACCCCGGAGACAAUUUCCAAUUAUAAUGGAAUUACUUCUGUUAAAACUGAAGUUGAAGAUUCAAGAGUAAGAUGCAGUUUUUCAAGAAAUAAAGCGCAAUUUGGCAGUCAAGUUUUUAACAUUAGCGCAGGAACAGAAUAUCACUUGUUUGUCGCAAGAGGCAGUGUAUCUGAUUCUAAACUGACUUAUCAUGGUGACAAUAAAAAAAUUACUGAUAAAGUUGAUUUGACUACAAAGAAAAAUACUGGUGGUUCAAAUGCGGCGCCUGGUCGUGUUAAAGCUCAUGCCGCUCUAAUGACACUUGCCUGGGCAUUCUUUAUUCCUUGUGGAGUAUUUAUUGCAAGGUAUUACAAAGAUUACAUUGGAAAUAAAGAUUGUAAAGGAGUUAAAUUGUGGUUUUGGUUGCAUCGAAUUUUCGUAUUAUCCGGUGUACUAUUAAGUUCUAUUGCUUUUAUCUUAAUAUUCGUAGAAGUUGGAGGAUAUUCCAGCCCGGCCACUAGUUUUACAAAGGCACAUCCGAUUGUCGGAAUAAUUGUUAUGUCAUUUGCUGUGAUAAAUCCAAUUAUGGGAAUGCUACGUCCAGGCUUAGACUCUCAGCAUCGAAGCACCUUCGUAACUUGCCAUACAAUAGUAGGAUACCUGUCUUAUUCACUCGGAUUUUUUGUAAUGAUGGUUGGCACAAGAUUAGGAAAAAUAAACAUGCCAAAAUGGAUGCUUUGGGUAUACUUUGGUCACUGUAUGUUUUAUAUUGCUUUGUCUAUAUUAAUGAGAAUAGCUGAUUAUGCCACAGCUUCACAUAAUAAAAAAAUAACUGGCUCAGAAAAUGUAGAUAUGAAGGAAAAAGGGAAUGGUAUGAAUGAAAAAGAACAACAAGCUUAUCCAAAUGGUCAAACAAACUGUAACCAAACGAACUGUUCAGCAAAUCUUCCAAAAUGGCUUGUUAUAUUUCGUCAUACUUUAUUUUCACUCCUUUUCUCUGGUAAUAUAGUUGCAGUAUUUACUGAUGAUAAUGAUGAAAUAUUCGAAAAAACUGGACUUCGAUCAAUUAAAACAAAUUGCGAUAAUUUACAUAGUCGAUCUGCUUUGUGCUGUAAAAUGUCAUACGAAUUUGAUGCAUUCCUUAAGUCAAAUAAAAAAUGGUGGUGUCAUGUCGAUGACGAUACCUAUGUCAAUGUAAAAGCUCUCAAAGAAUUACUUUCUCGAUAUGAGCCAAGUAGAGAUUGGUAUAUAGGGCGACCAUCUACAUCUCAUCCCUUAGAAAUUGAUAGAGAUCGAAAGCCAUUUCAUUUCUGGUUUGCAACAGGUGGGGCUGGCUUUUGUAUUAGUAGGAGUUUGGCCCUAAAAAUCGAACCAUAUGCAGGUGGAGGAAAGUUAAGAAGCGAAUGUGAACGCAUCCACCUUCCUGAUGAUUGCGUAAUUGGUUAUAUUAUUUAUGAUUUCACAAACUCAAAACUAACAAAAAUCAAACGGUUUCACUCUCAUUUAGAGGGUUUAUGGAGAUAUCAGGAAGGUGCCCUAAAUAAUGAGAUCACAGUUAGCUAUAGUAAUCCCAAGGGUGAUGGAACGUUUAGUAAUACGAUCAAUGUUAGGGGAUUUACCUAUGCAAAAGAUCCGACAAGAUUUCUCUCUCUUCACUGCCAUCUUUACAAGAAGUGCGAAUAUCCCGAUGCAUUUCCAUAA